GUUUUGAAAUUUAUCGACAUUUUUCGAUUAUUAUAAUAAUUAUUUUUAAGUGGUAUUAAUUAUUUGUAUGUGUUAAUAGAUAUAAAUAGUACAAGUAAAGCUUAUAAAUAUGGCAAAAAAUUAUGUGGCCAUGCGAAACUAAUAAUACCAUCAUUACCAAACGACAGUAGGCAGUAGUUGGAGAGAUGGCAGUAGUUGGAGAUCUUAUUGACUUUUCUGAAGAUUUAGUAAAUAUAAAUGAUACUAAGCGUUCUUCAAAUUUGAUUUCUUCAAUGACAUCAAAUGCAUUCUUUUUUCAAACAUCUCAUCAUUUACCAAAUCCUUACUUGAAGAAUAUCUUACUUGAAAAAGAAGAAACACCCCCUCCUUUGCCACCUAAAGUACCACCGCCAUUACCACCAAAACGAAGACAUAGUAAAAGAGUAGAAUCUACUGACAAACAUGGCAAGGUUUCUUCAAUGAAAGAUUCGUUUCUUCGAGUAAAUACAUAUUCGCCGCCUAUUACACUGAAGAAAUCUUCAAAGACAAUAGAUUGUCAAAAAAAAUUUAGUAAAACCGAAUGCAUAGAAAACAACACUUUAGAAAAAGAAACCUAUAAUACAAAAAAAUGUUUCAAGGAAACUCUUACAAAAUUAAGAAGUCAAUCUUUAAAUGAUUUGCCAUCACAAUCAAAAGUAUUGAGCCCAAUAAGACAUAGAUCUAUGGAGAGUUUUGAGUUUUUAUCAGGCCCUACAUUAUUACAGUCAAUAAAGUAUACUCUACGUAUCUCUAAUGAAGUUUCUAAACUAAACAAACCAUCUCGACCUCCCCCACCUAAAACAAAUAGAUUCUCGUGCCCUCAACCUAAUCGUGUUACUCAGAAUGGUGUUGACAUGUUUUUAGAUAAUAUCAUGUUUAAAAAAGCAGAAGAAAGAAACGAGGAAGCCAAAGAUUUUUUUAAGACAAUGAAUGAGUUGCGUUCAUUGUUUCGAUACACAGAUAAAACAACUAAUCCGGGGUAUAUUAAAGCUCCUCAGUGCCUAAAUCACGCAUUAAAUGACACUAUAUUUACAAUAAUGGUGCAUUUUUACACAAAAUCUCAAGUUUUAACGUGUUUCUCGUCAAUAAAAGCUAAGGAAUUUAUUUUGAAAGCUUUAAAGUUCUUUAAUACCAGUUUUAAUGAAUUGGAUAUUUUAUCUGGUCAAUAUGUUUUGCAAUUUGCUGGCUAUUCAAUGUUUGCUGAUGAUAAUGUCCCAUUAUGUGACUAUGUUUGUGUCCAAGAGACUAAUAAACUUGAUAAACAGUUAGAGGUGUACCUAAUCUUACAAGAGCAUAUAAAUACUGAUCUGGUACGUAAUGAAAUUGAUGAUAAAGACGAUAUCAAAGGAAUUCACUUUGAUCAGUUUUUUAACAAUAGUUCUUCAAUUUGUGUAACGGAAGAAGGUUUGUCUGUUCUUCUUGAUAUGUAUAACUCAGAGGCCUCUCGAUUAGUUCAUGGUGUCUCACAAACUUAUAAAAUGCAGUAUUUUCCAGAGCGUCUAAUUCAAGUAGUAAAAGCAAUGUCUACUGCUUUGGGUUGUAUCGAAUUACUGGAAAUCCAAAAUGGCGUUGCUUUAUUGCUAUCACUUAAAAAAGAAAUGCGUCUUACUACUUUACAGAACGCUGAGUUUCAAAAUCCAAUGCAUUUUAACUUAAUCCGUUUUAAAAAAGCAUUACAACGAUUGACAUCAGGGGUAUAUUCACUAAUUGAACUUUAUUGCAAAUCCUUUAAUACUUCAUUUACUCCACAUUGUUAUCCAUUUUAUCGAUCAUUGCCGAAUUGCUCCGAGCGUAUAGAUCCACGAACACUUACAGAUAACUUUUCGAUAAGAAUUAUGUCUGUACAUCGAAUACCAUCAAAUUGGAAAUCUGAAUUUACAGAAUUUGAGCUAGAAGUAUCUUUAUAUUACGGAGGUAAACUGUUAUGCCCGAAGCGAAAAUGCUCACCAUGCAACAUAGUCUAUGGCUUUUUUGACCAUCUUAAGGUAUGUGAAGUGAUUGAAUUGGAAAUAGCUGUAAAACAAAUUCCACGUGAAGCAAAGGUUGCAAUAUCACUAUUUGGUUGCAAUCAGCCCAAAAGAAGUUCAGAUGGUAAAACCAUGCUAGGUUGGGUAUCAGCUAAUGUGUAUGACUACCAAGGGUUUUUGUUAUCGGGAAGCAAAUUGCUUGGUCUCUUAUCAAAUGUAGAAUUUAAUCCCGUAGCUAUCUGUGCAACAAACAACAUUGAACACAGAGAGACAGUAAUAGUAAAGAUAGAUUUUCAAGCAUAUCACACAGAAGUUAUUUUUCCUCAGCCUAUAAUAUUUGAUGAAUGUUUGAUACAUGAGACCAAUGAUCUUUCCCAAAAAGAAUUGGAAUUUAUUCAGAAGACCAUAAGCAAAGAUGUCGCUAAGCUUACCAAACAAGAACGACUCGUAAUAUGGCGUCAUCGGUAUAGUUUGCUUCACUCUCCAAGCGCUUUAGUAUAUAUUCUUUCAUCUGCUCCGAGCUGGGACUCAGAAUCUGUUAAUGAUAUUCACAUGGUUUUAGCUCUUUGGGGCAGGGUGCCUCCUGAAGAAGCAUUAAUUUUUCUACAAGCCGAUUUCCCUGAUAAAAUAGUCCGUGAAACUGCAGUUUUAUGGCUAAAUGAGUUAACAGAUGAUGAUCUUUAUGACUUUUUGCCCGAAUUAGUUCAAGCGCUUAAAUACGAAGCUUAUCAUAAGUCUGCAUUAGCUAAUUUUCUUAUAAAACGAAGCUUAUCCAGCCCGCGUCUCACUCACUUUUUGUUUUGGCAUUUAAAAUACUAUAUCGGAGAUAUUCAGUUUGGUCAGCGUUUCAAAAUAGUUUUAAGUGGCCUAUUAGGUACAUGUGGAGAAGCUAUGAGAACUUCCUUGAGUAAACAAGACAAGCUUGUAUGUAUGUUAACGGACAUAGCUAAAAAAAUAAAAGAUAGCAAGUUUGCAUCAAGAAAAUCUCUUUUACAAAUCGAACUCGAAAAAGUAAACCUUGAAAUAGGCACUUCUUUUCGUCUACCUAUUGAGCCAACUAUCCAAGUUUCACAUAUUGUUUCAGAAGAGUCUUCUUAUUUUAACAGUAAUACGUUGCCUUUAAAGGUAGUGUUUAAAAACGAAGAUCCGAAAGGAAAUAAGGUACCAUUGAUUUUUAAAAUUGGCGAUGAUCUGCGAAAAGAUCUUGUUACCGUACUAAUGUUCCGAGUCAUGAACAAAUUUUGGAUAAAUGAGGGCUUCGAUCUUAAAAUGUUGUUAUACAAUGUCCUACCAACUGGACCUUCGAUAGGAUUUAUUGAAAUGGUAUCCAACGCUUCGACAUUUAGGGAAAUACACACCGAACAUGGGUUGACAGGUUCUUUCAAAGAAGAUUCUCUUGCACUAUGGCUGCAAAGGUACAAUACUUCUGAAGCAGAGUAUGCUCAAGCCGUAAAAACGUUUACUGCAUCGGCUGCUGCUUAUUGCGUAGCAACCUAUCUUCUAGGAAUCGGUGAUCGUCAUAAUGACAAUAUAAUGUUGACAAGAAAAGGUCAUCUAUUUCAUAUUGAUUUUAGUAAGUUUAUGGGCGCAGUCCAAAUGUUUGGCGGCAUAAAAAGAGAUCGCGUUCCUUUCGUUCUUACCCCGGAUAUGGCUUACGUGAUUAAUAAUGGGUUGGCUCCGACGCCGAAUUUUCAAAAGUUUAUAGAAUAUUGUUGUAAUGCAUUUAAUUCGAUCAGACGGAAAAAAACUUUGGUUCUUAAUUUGUUAGGUUUAAUGGUAUAUUCAGACAUUUCUUAUCUUUCAACUAAAGAGGAUUUAUUUUACAUUGAAGAUGCUUUACAACCUCAUUUGAAUGAUGACCAAGCUACGACAUAUUUUACCAGACUAAUUGAGGGUAGUUUGUCAUCUAGGUCAACUCAAUUGAAUUUCUUUAUUCACAACGUUGCACAGAUUAAAACCGCUGGCGAGACUGUUUUACGAACUUCGCGAUCAAAUCCUCUGUUCUCGUUUUCCAAUAAAAUUCACACUAUUGAUGAAGAUGGUGUGUUCGCGUCAGCUCGCGUUGUUGAUUUUCAAAAACGGUAUUUUCCUGAAAAACAUUACGUAUUCGUAAUUAAUACAAUACGCGAAAAUGAGAAGUUGCCUUCUUUCAUAUUUCGGCGUUAUGAAGAUUUCCAAGAGCUUCAUUCAAAGUUAACAUACACAUUUAACGUAUCAAUAGCCCUACCUGAUUUACCUCCUAAAAUACUACUCGGUCGCAGUCAGGUACGCGAGGUUGCCGCCCGGCGCCGCCUAGACUUGGAUAAAUAUUUAGUUAAUUUAUUUUAUUUGGAAGAAGUGUGGCGCUCAAAUAUUGUUCACACAUUUUUGUACAGUUACAUAAAAGAUAAAGAAGAACAAAGAAGAUUUACAGAUUAUGUUUAUUUGCUCGAACAAGGCAACCAUUUGUCUAGAAUCGGAGGUAAAAUUAAAUUAUCCCUGGUGUAUAAAAAUGAUGCCUUCCAUAUUCUAGUCAGCCACGUUAAAGAAUUAAUUCCUAGACGAAUAGAAGAAGUAAUUGAUUGCUAUGUGAAAUGUUAUCUUUUGCCUGACCCAAUGAAAUGCACCAAACGAAAAACUAAAAUAUGUCGACGAUCUCUUAAUCCGACAUUUAAUGAUAUUCUUGUUUAUGAUUUUCUUCCAUUAGAAUUGCUGAAAAAACGACUUUUGCAGGUUUCCGUGUGGGAGCAUGAUCCUCUAAAUAAAAAUGAAUUUCUAGGUGGUGUUGAUAUUUACUUGAAUAACUUUAAUUUAAUGAAUCCUGUUUCUGACUGGUUUACAUUAACAAAUAUUAGUUUAGAAGAUUGGUCGAAUAGUAUUUAAUCGUAAUUUAUCUCUUUAAAAAAGUUUGCCUGAUUCUCAAGUUGUCUCUCAGUAAGAUAUCAAGUUGUUUCUCCAAGUAAGGAGAACAGGUUAUAAUCGGAAAUUAUUUAAUUUUUUAUUAUCUGAUUUGUACAUGAUGUAUUUGUUUUUGUAGGUUUUUAUUAUUUAUCUAAUUUACUUUAAGUAUU